AUGCGAAUUAUAUUUUUAUUGCAUUUAACAUUUGCUGUACAAGUUAAUUCGAUAAAUAUUCUGUUGAAAGAUGAAGAUUUGUUAACAGACUGUCUUCAGCCGCUUGUAGAUGACUACAAUUACCACACACAUAUUUUUAUAAAAAGUAAAAACUUCACUAGAAACUUGAUUCCCAAGUUUUUGAAAGCAAAUGUAGGCUGUAACAAUUUGUAUUUAUUGAACCUUUUUCCUUAUACACCAAACUUAUUUACGAUCACUUAUGACUCUAUCGAUGAACUUAAUAAUACGUUUCUCGCAAUAGAUACAGCAAAACCACAUUUUAAUCUACUUUUGUCAGACUUCAUUGUAGUUACCACCAAUCCAGAAGAGUUACUUCAGAUAACGCAUUUGCUGUGGGAGUACAGAUUUUACAGAAGUUUAAUUCUACUACAAAAUGAUUCUAUAGGAGAGCUAUAUGUUAUUGAUUACAUAAAUAGUAACUGUGGUAAAAUAAUAGGCUAUAAGAAAAUUAACGAAUGCAAAAAUAAAAAAUACAAAUAUAAAUUAAAACCAAUUAAACCCAAUAUGAGAAAAAAUUUUGAACAAUGUUCAAUGACCGUGGGACUUUCGUAUCAGACCCCGUUGGUUAUUUACGUUAACGAUUCAUUUCCAGGAAUGGUACCAGAACUACUAAGGGCAGUCAGUACUGCAAGUGGUUUCAAAUUUGAAUAUUAUCAAGAUGAUUGUUACUUAGAAGAAUUCCGACUAUAUACAUUUGAUUCGUUAUUUGAACACUUUGAUACUGGCAAAAUAGAUCUUUCGUUAUUUCCUCACUUUCUUUUCAGUCCUAAAUUAGUGUUUGUGCCUGCAAUAUAUGAUCAAAUAAAUAUGAUAAUACCAAAACCCAAGAAAAUAUCGUAUUGGAAAUACAACUUCUUGGUUUACCAACUACCAGUGUGGUGUAUCAUAUUUGCCAUUAUUCCAUUAUUAUCUGUCGUAAUUCUUGGAAAUGCCCAUUUUAGCAAAAACACGGAUAAAAAGAACUUUGGAUCAUCCUUUGUUGAUAAUGUAUUUUUAAUUCUUCGAUUUCAUUUGAACGAAUCAGCCACAAAGAUACCAGUAUCCUGGACUUUGAGAAUUUUAAUAGAAAUUACGUAUCGACAGGCUAAAUCAACAAGCUUUUCAACAAUAUCUAUAUACGAAAAACGAGUUAAAAAUUUAGAAGACCUUAUAGAAUCUGAUAUUCCGGUUAAAAUGUUCUCGAGUUCUUCAAUGGUUCUUCCAAAAAAAAGUCCUAUAUUGAAGAAAAUCGAAUAUCUGUCUGAAGAUGACACGCUAUUGACCGAUUUAAGUUUGAAAGCUGCUCGAGAAAGUUUCGCAACUAUCUGGGCUGAAAUUGGAUUCGUUCCAUAUCCUUAUCUUUAUGAACUCAUGGAUUAUUUCAAUAUCCGCAUGUAUGAGUUUGGUUUUUAUAUGCCUAAAAAUCACAUUUUUUACGAACACUUGGAUUUAUCGAUGCAAAGGGUCGUGCAAUGUGGUUUUUUGGAAAUGUUGUAUGGGAAAUAUAAAAACUUUUUUAUGCUUAAGCACAGAAAUGAUUACCCAAGUAAAGAUACGAUUAAUUCGAUAAAUAAUCUGUUGAAAGAUGAUGAUGUGUUAACAGGCUGUCUUCAGCCGCUUGUAGAUGACUACAAUUACCACACACAUAUUUUUAUAAAAAGUGAAAACUUCACUAGAAACUUCAUUCCCAAGUUUUUGAAAGCAAAUGUAGGCUGUAACAAUUUAUAUUUAUUGGACCUUUUUCAUUAUACACCAAACUUAUUUACGAUCACUUAUGAUUCCAUCGAUGAACUUAAUAAUACGUUUCUCGCAAUAGAUACAGCAAAACCACAUUUUAAUCUACUUUUGUCAGACUUCAUUGUAGUUACCACCAAUCCAGAAGAGUUACUUCAGAUAACGCAUUUGAUGUGGGAGUACAGAUUUUACAGAAGUUUAAUUCUACUACAAAAUGGUUCUAUAGGAGAGCUAUAUGUUAUUGAUUACAUAAAUAGUAACUGUGGUAAAAUAAUAGGCUAUAAGAAAAUUAACGAAUGCAAAAAUAAAAAAUACAAAUAUAAAUUAAAACCAAUCAAACCAAAUAUGAGAAAAAAUUUUGAACAAUGUUCAAUGACCGUGGGACUUUCGUAUCAGACCCCGUUGGUUAUUAACGUUAACGAUUCAUUUCCAGGAAUGGUACCAGAACUACUAAGGGCAGUCAGUACUGCAAGUGGUUUCAAAUUUGAAUAUUAUCAAGAUGAUUGUUACUUAGAAGAAUUCCGACUAUAUGCAGUUGAUUCGUUAUUUGAACACUUUGAUACUGGCAAAAUAGAUCUUUCGUUAUUUCCUCACUUUCUUUUCAGUCCUAAAUUAGUGUUUGUACCUGCAAUAUACGAUCAAAUAAAUAUGAUAAUACCAAAACCCAAGAAAAUACCGUAUUGGAAAUACAACUUCUUAGUUUACCAAGUACCAGUAUGGUGUAUUCUAUUUGCAAUUAUUCCAUUAUUAUCUGCCGUAAUGCUUGGAAAUGCCCAUUUUAGCAAAAACACGGAUAAAAAGAACUUUGGAUCAUCCUUUGUUGAUAAUAUAUUUUUAAUUAUUCGAUUGCACUUCAACGAAUCAGCCACAAAGAUACCAGUAUCAUGGACUUUAAGAAUUUUGAUAGGUUUCUACAUGUUCUUUUGCUUAUUAGAAAUUACGUACCGACAGGCAAAAUCAACCAGCUUUUCAACAAUAUCUAUAUACGAAAAACGAGUUAAAAAUUUAGAAGAUCUUACAGAAUCUGAUAUUCCGGUUAAAACGCUCUCGAGUUCUUCAAUCGUUCUUCCAAAAAAAAGUCCUAUAUUGAAGAAAAUUGAAUAUCUGUCUGGAGAUGACACGCUAUUGACCGAUUUAAGUUUGAAAGCUGCUCGAGAAAGAUUCGCAACUAUCUGGGGUGACAUUGGAUUCGUUUCUUAUCCUUUUCUUUAUGAACUCAUGGAUUAUUUCAAUAUCGGCAUGUAUGAGUUAGGUUUUUAUAUGCCAAAAAAUCACAUUUUCUACGAACACUUGGAUUUAUCGGUGCAGAGGGUCGUGCAAUGUGGUUUUUUGGAAAUGCUGUAUGGGAAAUACAAAAACUUUUUUAUGCUUAAGCACAGAAAUCAUUAUCCAAGUAAAGAUACGAGUGUGAAAAGAGAUUUAAAAAGCUGUAUAUAUAUGUUUAUUUUGUUGUUUGCUGGAUAUUUUGUUUCAUUGGUAGCAUUUGGGGUAGAAUUGCUUUUAGCAAAUAAGUGGCUUUCAAAAAACGUAAAUAGAUUUAAACAGGCUCAUUCAUUACCUAUUUCCUUGAGGGAGGAAGAUUCUUUGACGGGAUGUCUCCAAUUAAUUGUCGAAGAUUCUAACUAUGCCGCUCAUUUUCUAAUAACAAGUGAAAACCUAACUGUAAAUUUUAUUCCACGAUUUUCAAAAGUGAAUAUAGAAAGUAACAAUUUACUUUUACUGCACUCUUUCGUUGGUGCUCCAAAUUUAUUCACCAUAACUUACAGUUCUUUAGAUGAGUUAAAUACAACUCUUUUCGAUAUAUUUACAUAUAGAAAAGUGUCCAGAAUUUUGUCACAUUAUAUUAUUCUCACUGCUAAUUCGGCAGAUUUACUUCAAAUAUCGCAGUUGUUGUGGAAGUACAGUUUUUACAAGAGUUUAAUUCUAUUUCACAGUGAUUUAAUGGUAGAAUUGUACGUUAUUGAUUACAUAAAUACCAAUUGCGGCGAAAUUAUAAGAUAUAAGAAAAUAAACGAAUGCAAAGACAACAAGUACAAAAGAAAAUUAAAACCGAUCAAACCCGACAUGAAAAAAAGUUUUGAUCAAUGCUCUUUGACAGUUGGUGUUUCGUAUUUACCUCCAAUGACACAUUAUGUUAACGAUUCACCCCCUGGGAUAGUGCCAGAACUACUACAAGUAGUCAGUAUAUCUAGUGGAUAUAAAUUUAAUAUAUAUGAAAAUGAUAAUUACAUAAAUGAAAUUAGAGAAUUUAGAUUUGAUUCGGUUUUUGAAGACUUCGCUAGCGGCAAAAUAGAUCUGAUGUUUAUGUGUAACUACAUUUUGGACUUUAAUGUAUUUUUUGUGCCAGCUAUACACGAAAACGUAUUAAUGCUACUACCGAAACCAAAACUAUUGCCUUACUGGAAAAACAACGUCUUGGCGUACCAAUUGCCUGUAUGGUGUUGUAUAUAUGCUUUAAUUCCACUACUGUCAUUCAUAGUUCUAGGUUAUGCAAAAUUAAUCCAAAACUCGGACACGACAUAUUUUGGAUCAUCUUUUGUCGACAAUCUCUUUAUGGUUUUUGGUCUUAGCUUAAAUAUAGCAGCAACCAGGAUACCAGUUACUUGGAAUCUGAGAAUUUUAAUAGGAUUUUACCUGUUUUUUUGCUUAUUGGAACUAACAUAUCGACAGGCGAAAAUAACAAGCUUAUCAGCAAUAUCUAUACGUGAGAAACGAAUUAGAAAUAUGGAAGAACUUGCAUAUUCUGACAUUCCAUUUAAAACUUUCGCUGGAUAUGUGCCGGUGAUCCCAUCCGACAGUCCAUUACAAGAAAAAAUCGACUACCUCGCUGAAACAGAAGAAAAUUAUAAAAAUUUAAGUGUUAUAGCUUACCAACAAGGUUUUUCAACUAUUUGGGGGGAAGUUGGAUUCAUUGUACACCCCUUUCUUGCUGAAGAAAUGGAUAAUUUUCAUUUGUUGAUGAUUCAGUAUGGAUUUUACAUACCCGACCGUCAUAUAUUUUACGAAAACUUCCAAUAUUCGAUGAAGAAAGUUUUAGAGUGCGGGUUUUUGGAAAGAUUAAUAAAUAAAUAUAAACAUUAUUUUAUGCUUCAAGACAUACAUUCUUUUAAAAGUGUAGAUACAACUGUCAAAAGAGACUUAGCCAGCUGUAUGUUCAUGUUUAUCGUACUCUUCGCUGGAUAUUUCGUUUCAUUGAUAAUGUUUGGUGUAGAAUUGCUUAAGGCGGGGAAAUGUAAUUUGCCCGCAAAAUUCAAAAUCAAGGAAAAGUGGUAUAUGGAUUACUUUAGAAAAAGAAAUAAAAAUGUUGCGUGA